UUUGAGUUUUUGGGCAGAGCAGAUUGGACUUCUACAUAUUGCGAAGUAGAGCAGAACAGAUUUGAUUUCAGCAUCAGAGCAACUCUAAAGAAUACGAAGUAUGACAUAAAUAAAUACAAACUAAAUUCUGGGGCAUCGCUUUAUACGCCGGGGCCAUUUUGCUCUUAAAUGGCGUUCCAUAUAAAAAAGUGUCAAAUGUAAAAAUAAAAAAAAAAAAAAAAAAACGGUGCCAAGUCAGUCGUCGGCGUGCGUUUACCAUUUUCUCUCUGAAUCCUCACUAAUCCCGCCGAUCAUGACUCCCGAUUCUCCCUCUGUUGUCCGUCUCAACAUCGGAGGGAAGAAAUUCUGUACAACAGUUGAUACAUUGACGCAACGUGAACCUGAUUCGAUGCUUGCGGCGAUGUUUAGUGGUCGCCACACUGUUUGCCAUGAUUCUGACAAGGGCUAUAUCUUUGUGGAUAGAGAUGGUGAACAUUUUCGACAUAUCUUGAAUUGGCUACGGGAUGGUAUGAUUCCCAACUUAAAGGACUCCGAUUAUGCUGAGCUACUACGAGAGGCCGAAUACUAUCAACUUCUUGGACUAAUAGAGAGAAUAAAUACAGCUCUAAGUAAGAAGAAAGACGAGGAUGAUAAUCCUGAACUAACCCGUCGUGAUAUUAUUAAGUGCAUACAGUCGGAGAAAGUUAAAUUUCGAGGGGUGAAUCUUUCUGGGCUUGAUCUCUCUAAACUGGAUCUUUCAGAUGUGGAUUUUAGCCAUGCUUCUCUUAAGGGUGUAUUCUUCUCUCGUGCAAACCUUCAAUGUGCAAAAUUUCGGGAUGUAGAUGCUGAAGGUUCUAUCUUUCAUAACGCAACAUUGCGUGAAUGUGAAUUUACUGGGGCAAAUCUUCGUGGAGCUUUACUGGCAGGUGCCAACCUGCAGAGUGCAAACCUGCAAGAUGCUUGUUUGAUUGACUGUAGUUUCUGUGGAGCAGAUCUGCGUUCCGCUCACUUGCAGAGUGCAGAUCUUACCAAUACCAACUUAGAAGGCGCUAAUUUGGAAGGGGCCAACUUGAAGGGGGCAAAGUUGACCAAUGCUAGUCUAAAAGGAGCAAAUCUUCAGCGAGCUUAUUUACGACAUGUUGAUCUUCGGGAAACGGAUUUGGGAGGUGCAAAGCUUGAUGGUGCGAAUUUGCUAGGAACUAUUCGAUGACACAAGCAUUCUGCACACACAUAUUGUGUGCAUCGUUGUCACUUACUAGUUAAUACUUUUCUAGCCCAGAAUGUCGAAUUUGGAUGGUUUCAAGUCAAGUUUCAGAUGUAUCGAAGAUGUCUAAUGUCUGUUGAUUGUGUUUAAUGUCCCCAUUGUCCAUAUGGUUGCUGAUGGACCUUGGACUGAUGGAUCUUGCCCAUUUGUAUAGCUAAGAAUUCUCAACAUCGUUAAUGUGUGAUUUUGUCCAUUAAUUAUUAUUCUUCCUCCAACAAUUAUAGCGAAGAACUGUCUAACCCUUGGCUACCAAGGUUGGCUUUAUCCUCGCGUGUAGUCCUGUCAUUCUUUGAUUUUGGUAGUGGCCACUGAUCACAUGCCUGGCCCUUUGCUGUGUACAA